GGGCCCUGCGCGGGAAGCGCCGGGCUAGCCCACUGCGCGGCCGGGGGGAGCGAGAACGCCGCUCCCUUUCCUAAGUGAAGGUUCCGGCUCCUGGGGAGGAAGCGGCGUCCUGAGUCGGCCUUCUUCCUCCGCGGGAGUGCGGGAAUCCGGACGGCCCAUUGUUGUCUGGAGGGGUGGGGUGGGCGUGGCCGAGCCACCUCCUCCGGGAGCGCUCCCAGGCCGACCUCGCUCGCUCCUCCUUGCAGGAACUGCGGCGCCGAGAUGAACGGAGAGGGUAACCCAGCCAGCAAGCCCACGCCGGUGCAGGACGUGCAGGGCGACGGGCGCUGGAUGUCCCUGCACCAUCGCUUCGUGGCCGACAGCAAAGAUAAGGAACCCGAAGUCGUCUUCAUUGGGGACUCCUUGGUCCAGUUAAUGCACCAGUGCGAGAUCUGGAGGGAGCUCUUCUCUCCUCUGCACGCACUUAACUUUGGCAUUGGUGGUGACAGCACGCAGCACGUGCUGUGGCGGCUGGAGAAUGGAGAGUUGGAACACAUCAGGCCCAAGAUUGUGGUGGUCUGGGUGGGCACCAACAAUCAUGGGCACACGGCAGAGCAGGUGGCUGGUGGCAUCAAGGCCAUUGUACAACUGGUGAACCAACGGCAGCCCCAGGCCCGAGUCGUGGUGCUGGGCCUGCUCCCACGGGGCCAGCACCCCAAUCCGCUUCGAGAGAAGAACCGACAAGUGAAUGAGCUGGUACGGGUGGCACUGGCCGGCCACCCACGGGCCCACUUCCUGGAUGCUGAUCCUGGCUUUGUGCACUCGGACGGCACCAUAAGCCACCACGACAUGUACGAUUACCUGCAUCUGAGCCGUCUGGGCUACACGCCUGUCUGCCGGGCCCUGUACUCCCUGCUGCUGCGUCUGCUGGCCCAAGACCAGGGCCAGGGUAUCCCCCUGCAAGAGCCCACACCCUAAACCUCCCACCUUCCCAUCACAUUAAAUUCUUGCUCCUCA